AUGGCCAUGGCGGGCGCGGGGCGGCUAGAGGAGCUGGAGCUCAGCGCCGAAGAGGCGGAGCGGCUCCAACGGGCCUUCCGCGACGAGCAGUUCCGGGCGCUCUUCGCCGAGUAUGCGGCGGAGCUGGCCGACCCGGAACAGCGACGGCUGUACGAGGAGGAGGUGGCGGCUCUGGAGCGGGAACGCGGCGUCGAGGUCCGUUUCGUCCACCCCGCGGCGGGCUACGUGCUGCGCACCAGCCAGGCCGGCUCCCGCCGCUGCUACCUCAACGUCUGCAGCAACCCGCACGUCGGGGUGCCCCAGGCCCGCGCCGAGCCCGGCGGCCAGCGCUGGGCCCUGCCCUACAGCCUGGCACCGGGCCGUGAGGAGCUGGGCCGCGGCGGCCACCGCCGCCUGGUCUACGACGUGGUUUUCCACCCGGCGGCGCUCCGCCUGGCCGCCCGCAGCCCCCGCUUCCGCCGCCUGCUCAGCGACACGGCGCUAGACGCCGUGGAGCGCCACUGCGCCGUGCAACUCGACCGCGCCAACGCCGCCGUCCUCCGCGGCUCCAAGUACAAGGGCGUCCCGCAGGCGCCCGUCAUCCGCACCCCGCUGCCCGGCGGCGCCCCGCCGCCGCCCGCCGCCGGCGACUCCCCGCUGCCGCCCUUCCCCUUUCCGCCCGCCGCCGCGCCGCCGCCGCCGCCACCAGCCGACCCCCCGGCGGCUCGGCCCGGUGGCCCCACCACACCGCGCUGGAGCAUCCGGCACCGCUCCUACGUGGACCUGCAGGACCACCGGUGCUGUCGCGACUCGGCGCCCAGCCCGGUGCCGCGGGAGCUGGUGGUGACGGUGGAGCUGCCGCUGCUACGCUCCGCCGCCCAGGCCGCCCUGGAGAUCCGCGGCCGGGAGCUGCGCCUCGACUCGCAGCGUCCCGCCUAUCGCCUGCGCCUCCGCCUCCCCUACGACGUGGACGAGAGCCGCGGGCGGGCCGCCUUCAACAAGGCCCAGCGGCAGCUCGUGGUCACGCUGCCAGUGGUGCCGCGGCCUGGCCCGCAGGAACAGCUAGGCCCGGGCGGGGAGCGGCUACAGGAGGCCGAGCCCGGUGCGGAGGGGCUGGGCGAGCCGCCGGCAGCUGAGGGGGGCAGCAGGGCGGCUCCUCCCCCGGGCCCCGGCGGAGGCGGCGCGGCCCGGAGCACGUGUGGCGGCGGGGAAUCUGCCGAGCACCCCGCGGAUCCACCCGCGGGCAGCGACCCGCCGCCGCCCCGCUCCGGCGCCGCUUCCCCCGCUCCGAGCGCCAGCCCCGAGCCGGCCACAACGAGCGGCCUCGGCGGGGACGCCACUCUGUGCCCUCCCGAGAGCCAGGCCUCGCCAGCGGCAGAGAGCAGCGCUGGUGACAUGGCUCUUCCCCAGGGCUCUGGCAGCCCCGAGGCCGCCGUGUGCCCUCCCUUCCAGUGCCGGCAGGACGAGGCCUCCCUCACCCUGCUCCUGCAUGUGCCUGGCAUCCUGCCCCAGAGCCUCAGUGGGGCUGUGGGCACGAACCACUACCACCUCCGCUUCUCCAGUGACGCUGGCACCUAUGCCCUCUUCUUACAGUUUCCUCCCGCAAACAGGCUGGCGUCCCCCGAGACCAGCGUUAGCGUCUCUGCCCACAACGCUGCUGUUGGGCUUGCCAAGGCCCCCGGCAGCACCGGGCCCUGGGAGAAGUUCUGCUUCGGCCUUGAUGCCUCCGCUCUGCAGGAAAGAUUGUUUGUCAGUGAAGAAAACGUCGAUGGAUUUCUAGGCACUGUUUUAUGCCCUUCCUUUUGCUCCCAAUCAGCACUGGAAAGUCAGCCAUUAAUUGAAGUGCUUGAUGUUACUGAGGACAGAAUUCAAAUCAGGUUGAAGCCGCAGGAAGCAGUCCAUUCUGAACGUGAUGGAAAAGAACAAACACUUAGCAGCUCAGGAGGAAACCUCGCCGAAAAGACAAACGGCGACUACUCCCAAACAAAGGCAGAAACAAACUGUACUGCCGCUGACACAGCUGAAGGAGAACGUGCUACAGAAACCAACAAAACUUCCACAUCUUCUGCAACGGCUGAAACAAUAGGAAAAGUAGGUUGUAGUUCACACCAUUGUUUGCAGCAUGAACCUUCUGACACCGGUUCAGCGAUUCCUGGCGAAUCUAGGAGAAAGGAACCAGAUUUAGAAAGUGCUGUCACAGUAGGUGAAAUGGCCGCGGCCGCAGACUCUGAAAAGGCAGCAGGGCUUCUGCUGGAGGGGCAGGCGAAAGCAGAAGGGGAUGGAGCAGCUGCGCCCGCAGGAUUGGCACGGGGGAACCAGCACAGCUCGGACAGCAGGCCGGCCUCCCCGCUCCUGCAAGAAGUGAGCACGCAGGACGGGAGCGUGCAGAUCAUUAGGGAUCAUGUAACGCACUGCCCGGUUGCAUUUCAGAAUCCUUUGCUGUAUGAAUUGGACUAGUUUAAUUAUUUUGGGAUUUCCUUCUGUUGCUUGAUGCUUACUGUGGCUUCCACGUGCUGGUUUAUGACCUCAGGGCUAAGAGUAGAAAACGGUUUCCUACUGACGCUGUUUUGUGUACAUCAACUUAGAAUACUUAUGUUGUUAAUAAUUUUUGAAGUUUUCAGGUCUGAGUUUUCUAAUCACACGUAUGGGCUCAAAUAGUUUUACUUAAAAUAUGCAGUUGAAGGUGAAUUUGAGCUUGUGGAAGAAAAUGCGUUUUUAUUGUUUACUUAACUUUCAUAGUCUCUUGCUAUGUGACAGGGAGUAUUUGUAUGUAUCCUGUUUCUAAUGGCUCCCUCAGGACUUGCUGUGUUUAGUCCACCUAGAAAUGAGCUGUAUUCAUCAUUUUUCAAACCUUUCAUUUUGUGAUAACUGCAGGAUUAGACUUGCACUGAUUUUUAGCAAUCAAAUGAAAUUUCUAAUUACACGGAGAAGUUCUAAUUAGUUUCCUAGAAAUAAUCAGCGUUCAUACCAUGUAUUCCAUCCUAGUACAUUACUUCAGAACACAGCAUCCAAACAUAGCCCAGUCUGUCAACCGAACAAAUUCAAUUGCACAAUAAAAACGUCCUCUCUUGUUGCACGUCUGCUACUAAGUAUUUACAAUUUGUAAAAUGGAUUCACUUUAUCCAGAUUAGAUUUACUUUGCAAAAAAAGUUCCCCAGGAGCGUGCUGUUGGGCAGUUCAUCUCUCUAAAGUGCGAUAACCAAAAGAACAUAUCUAAUAAUAAUAAUAAACUUUCAGUUCCC